AUGGCACCAAGACUUGUGCGUUACCGUUCCGUAAUACCGGCGGUUGAUCAAGAACGAAUUAAGGGUAACUACAGCUGGGGUACAUUUUUGGGAGGCCUGUUAAGGACACUUAGUCGUUCUGGUGAUGUUCGCUCACGCUGUCCUGAAUACAUUGUUCCGGUAGAAAGCUUUCAUGAAGCACCGUUAAUUGAAUAUAUGAAGGAUAUUGAUACAAACGUUGAGUUUGAGGUAGCAUUACUCGAUGAUUAUGGCUUUAAGUCUGGACCGAUAAAGUUGUAUUGGUUUGCUCGAGUGGUGAAAAUUAUGGGUUAUCGUUUAUUACUUCGAUUUGAGGGAAUGGAUGAAAAAGGUGAUAAUACAUAUGAUUUUUGGGUCAAUAUUAGUUCACAAGAUCUUAAACCUAUCGGUUAUUGCGCAGAAGACAUUGAAACUCGAGGUUUGGUGCCACCACAACUAAUUUAUGAACGACAACCAAAUUGGCAACAAUACAUCCUUAAUCAAAUACCUUGUUACAAAACUUUCUCUAUUAAUUGGCCAGAAAUACUAGUACAGAAAAUAACAUCCUGUAAAUACAAGAGAGGAGAUGAGGUGGAACUGCUAGAUUCAAUAUAUCGUAUGAGAGUCCGUCCAGCAUAUGUUGAACAAGUUAUUGGUGGUCGAAUAUGGGUGUGUUUAAACAGUAAAUUUGCGAUACGACCUAUGAUUGUUAAGGGUGACUUUCAGCUUUGUGAAGGGGUUUGGAUGGACCAAAAUUCGCCGAUAAUUUUUCCUAUUGGAUGGGCGUGGAGAAAUGGAUAUAGGAUGGAAGCAAAUGGUGAUUAUUUUAAUCAUGUACAAGAAGUUACAUCUGAUUUACAGCUGGGGUUAGCUGAUAAUCCAAGUGAAGAACAUGAAGCGAAUCCGUCUAUCCAAAAAACAGAAGCUGAAGGAAAUGAAAUUACGUGGAAAAUAGGAAUGAAACUGGAAGUAUUGGAUCCGUUCGGUUCUUGGAAUGAAUUGCGGGUAUCAACUGUUACCAGAAUUAUGGAUAAUGGCUUUCUCAAAAUCAAUUUUGAUGGUGAAAUGGAUCAUCACGCGGUACCACUACAUUUCACUUCAGAGUUACUGUUUCCUGUCGGUUAUGGGGCUAAAUAUGGAAUAUCAGUGAAAAAACCAAAAAAUUUACAUGAUCCAGGAAAUUUUGACUGGAAUGUUUAUUUAAGAAUGACCAAUGGUGUCCCUGCACCUGAAGAGCUUUUUCAUACAUUCAAAGAUGAUGUUUUAAGCAAUUUUAAGAUUGGAGCAAGACUGGAAGCAACUGAUAUGUGCGAAUCAAACUUGAUAUGUCCAGCAACGAUAUCAAGCCACCAUGGACGACUUCUAAAAAUCGCAUAUGAGGGUUGGGGUAGCAACUACAAUCAAUUAUUCGAUUAUAGAUCACCGAAUAUUUUUCCUGUUGGUUGGUGUGAAAUGCAUGGAUAUAAACUAACAUCACCGGCAAUGGCGAAGAAAAAGAGAAGAAACUAG